AUGUCACAAUUUCAGACGGGUGUCGACGUCGACGCGGCCUCGUCAGGCGAUCCUAUCUGGCCUCUCACACUGGGCACCUUCCGCGAUGACGAACACACGCGGGAGCAACUCAGCCACCUCGGCGAGUACCACCAACUCGCAGGGUGUGCUCAUGGUUGGACCCAAUUUCAAGAUAUUAAUGUAGAAUCUAACGUCGGCAAAAAGAUUGGAUGUGGAAACUUCGGCGAACUUCGACUCGGAAAAAACCUAUACAAUAAUGAACAUGUAGCUAUCAAACUGGAACCUAUGAAAAGUAAAGCGCCUCAGUUACAUCUUGAGUAUCGAUUUUACAAAUUGCUCGGACAAGCAGGUAAGAGAAAUCAACUUACGGAUGUUUUAACGCCAACAGAAUCCCCGGUUGCAGAGGGUUUGCCUCAAGUGCACUACUUCGGACCGUGUGGUAAAUACAAUGCGCUUGUGAUGGAAUUGUUAGGACACUCACUCGAAGACCUGUUUGAUUUGUGUGAUCGUCACUUCUCCCUGAAAACAGUAGCCAUGGUGGCUAUGCAGCUUAUCCGCAGAAUCGAGUAUGUCCACACAAAACACCUUAUCUACCGCGAUGUCAAGCCAGAAAACUUCUUAAUCGGACGUUAUUCCACACGCAAACAGCAUGUUCUUCACAUCAUUGAUUUCGGACUUGCUAAGGAAUACAUUGAUUGCGACACUGGAAAGCACAUCGCAUACAGAGAGCACAAAUCUCUCACGGGUACAGCACGGUACAUGUCCAUCAACACACAUCUCGGAAAAGAACAAUCGCGACGAGACGAUCUCGAAGCUCUCGGACAUAUGUUUAUGUACUUCUUGAGAGGAAGCCUCCCAUGGCAAGGACUGAAGGCAGAUACAUUGAAGGAAAGAUAUCAAAAGAUUGGAGACACAAAGAGACAGACUGCUGUUGAAGUUCUCUGUGAAGGAUUCCCGGAUGAGUUCUCUCAAUACCUUCGUUAUGCUCGUCGCCUUGACUUCUUCGAAACUCCGGAUUACGAUUACUGUUAUAACCUCUUCAAAUCUGUCCUCGAUCGGUUGGGUGCAUCUUAUGACUAUGAAUUUGACUGGACCCCAAAGCUUAACAACGUGUCAACCCCAUCAGGAUCGCUCCAUACUUCAGAGUCUAAGGAUGUGAAGAGAACUGAUCGCGGAGAACUGAAAGUCAGUCAAGCUGCAGCUCAUGCCCAAUUCGGAUCUACACAGGUUAUCAAUUCAAAUGCUGGUGAAGCUGUGGAAGAAAGCAGAAACACGGAAGGAAGAACUGCUGCCGGCGACAAUUUGAGUGGCGAAGUGAAAUGCUGCUGCUUCAGAAGACGCCGAAGGAAGCACAAUAACCCUGCAGUCUCAACGCAAAAAUAG